AUGUCGUUCAUUUUCAGUGCCAGAAAGGCACACGGACCCUCUGUGGAAGCAGACACCUCUGCGAACCACACCGUCGAGUCUGUCAGCCAAACCCAGGACCUCUCGAGCUCCGGCGUCACGGAGUUGACCAAAAACGACAAGUACUGCGUGAGCAGAUUGCCCGCGGUGCCGCCGGCGUUGAAGCAACAGGACUUCUCUCAUGGUUAUACCGACCAGACCACAUCUCACGCGGUCAUUGUGUCGGAAACAUCAGUGUACGUGUGGGAUUACACAUCCGUGGACGGCGUUCCGUUGACGAUCUCGUUUCCGGUAACGCCCAACCCGAAUAACACGCUUCCGCUCGCGAUCUUGGUGGCGCCUUCUGCCGGUUCUUCGGACCCAGGUUUGGUCAUCAUUGACUCUUAUAGCGGUCGAGUCAAGUACUACGAGGCCAUCACGGCGGCUCCGGCGUUGGGCAUCAUCAACAGCAAGAGCAUCGAAUACCAUCUCGGGUUGCAGAACGAAUACAUCCACCUUGCGGAGAACAUCGAGCCUGCGGGAAUCAUGGUUGCAACAAACGCCGGCCGUGUGAUGCUUGUGUCCUUGCGCGACUCGCAGGGUAGACCGAAUCUCACCAAAGUCGAAGUUAUGCGUGCGCGCGGCUCCUUGUUUGGCUGGAUUGCCAGGAAAACGGAGCCACAGAUUGUGGCAAUGCGUGCGGGCAAGAUCCUCGCGCAGGGCACCCGGGAGGUUGUUAUCCAGGACUCGAUCGGCGACUUUCACCGGUUCGCAUGCAGUCGUAGCGGCGCCCACAAGCUCGCGGCCACCACAUUGGCCCCGCAAUGUCUCAAGGCCAUCGAUGGCUACCUUCCCGGUGCCGAGGUCAAGCUCCAGAUCCUUGACAUCCAAAGCUUGCCCAUCGCUGACGAUCUCUACCUCGUGCUUGCCUCCACCGCCAAACCGUACGAGAUCGCCCAAAGGACGUUGAUAGUGUUCACCAUGAAAAUCGACGCGACAGGCGCCUUGGUCUAUUCGUCGCAGAGAAUCACCUCCUACGCAUGCGGUGAGCACGAAUCCGUAAAGUUGUUCUUACCCCAGCCGUUCACAACCGCCUAUAUCGUCACCAGCUCGUCUGUCAUCCUCACCGAUGUGUUAACCUCUGUCGACCCGGAAAGCGUGCCGUCGCACAAGUGGGAGGACCUCAUUUCCUUCCAGCGCUCCGUUAGGCUCCUCGGGGUGGGUGCCGAAGAUGUCCUUGUCGACUCCAAAUCCGGCAAGAUUUCCCGCAACUCUGGCCUUGUGCUUAUCACUUCCAACGCCGGGAUUAUCCGUGUGGAGCGGUUCCAUGAGAGCUCAGUGGCAGCCGACCUGGUGUCGCCUGUGCAGCUUGUCAAAUCACACAUCGAACAGGCCGUGUACUACGGCUCUGUGGAGGCCAACCCGAUUGAGUUUGCCUACCAGUGUGACACCGAGAUUGCUGGCGCAGUGUUUGAGCAAGCUAUCACUCUUGUGACCCGUGAAAUCGUCCAGAACUCGUCCAAAUACAUCCCGCCGUUCUCCCCGUCGCUCAAGGAUCACUUGGCCCGGCGCCGCGAGGCUUUAUCGCGGUUGGUGCUCUACGUGGCACACAAUUUCUCUAGCAUACCCACCGACGUGAAGCUUGUCGUCGUCACCAGUCUCGAGAAGGUUGCCGUUGGUGCAGCAUUCUGGUCGUUCAUCGAAUCCAGACAGGAAACCUCAGCGGUCUUGGAGGCGGUGAUCAAGGAUACACUUCCAGCAAGCCUGAACGAUGUGAUCCGGACUUUUUUUAUGAAGGGACUCGAAAAUGUGAACGCUGUUCUCUCUGGCUUCCUCAAGGCCUGUUUGGCGAAAAAGGUGGACACCGCGGCGCUUUCCCUCUUAGUGGUGGACGUGCUACAAGCAAUUUACGAGACUGAAGAGCAGUACCGGUUCGGCGUACUUCAGUUGGCCAGUACUGAUGUGGGCUCCCAAAAUAUGUGGGUCUUCGAGACCCGUUUGGUGUUUCAGGUUGAUUCCAUCUUUGAAAAAAUGGUAGAGACGUAUCGCGUGACGGAUAUCAAGGAUGUCAAUGCGCUUAUGUUAAUCAAACACCACCUCACCGUCUUCACACAGGCGUUGUUCUAUCUUUUUGACAAUGCGGUAACGUUCAUGCAAUUGAAGGGCUGCGACGCCGAAACCAUGAAGGAAUACGUGGGGUACUACGAGGACCGCAAGCCAUACUGGAUCAACGCCUUAGUGGAAUUUGACGGAAAACCCGAGGCGUUACGCCUCUGCGAGACCUACGGUGACUUCAAGUCCUUGGCCAAGAUCAGCGACGAUGACAGACAGAUGGUAAUCAGCAAAUUUGGUAGGGAUUCGUCGGAGUUCGAAACGAUUUCGAGUCGAUUCGACUACUUUUUCGAGAAGUUUGGCUAUGCUUUUGCCAAGGACUUGUACACCUACUAUUUUGUCAACGACAAGCUCCAGACGCUUUUGACCGCGUUCCCAGAGUACUUUGAGUUUUUGCGUCGGUACUUGGAUGAGGGUAACCACGGUAAGCUCUCCUGGGUCAGAGACGUGUUGGACGCUAGGUACGUCGAGGCUGCUGUGGCCAUCACAAAGGUCGUCCAAGUGGAUGACAAUUCGCAAAAACACAGAAAGUUGCAAUUGAGUGUUGCCAAAUUGGCGCUUUUGGCUGCGGAGGACGCCAGUUCCGAUGCGGAAGCUAUGUACGAAAACACUAGCAAGGAGUUGGAGUUGAUUUCCAUCCAACAGAGCUUAUAUGGUCAGUUUUCCCAGCUUGUCAACAAGAGCAAUACUGCCCGCGAUGUGGAAUUUGUCGUCGCCAACUUCACCAAUCGUCUCCAAGAAGCCAAGCAUCUGCACUCCGUUGUGAUCUUGAGAAAGGCGUUAGGUCGCUUGAUGGCGAACAGAUCCUUAGAGGUCGACGAGUUGAUCGACUGUUAUACCUUGUUGGAUGCCCAGAAAGCCGGGCCGUCCAGGGAUAACUUGUACUGGGCAUUGAAGUUGGUGUCCAUGAAGCACUACACCACCAUGGAUGAGAAACGUUUGGACGAAAGGUUGGUGUGGGCUAGAUUGUUGGCCGUGGAUGACUGGGAGACCCUCACAGUUACCGCCAACAAGUCUGACGAGUAUGUUAAACAGUCUCUCCAGGGUACGGUGUUUUACAACACCAUGACGUUGCUCUUCAAAGAUGGUGCAGCCAGAGACGGCAUUGAUCUCGACAGAUUACUAAAUUUACUGCAGGUGUUUGGUACUCCUAUUCUGCGUAACCAGCUUUUGGGCAGAUACAGUUUUCUUGAUAGCCAGGAUUUGACCGGUUUAGGAGACGAGAUCGCCCAGGACGAGAAAAAGGUCCAGCAAUGCCUGUUGGGCGACUGUGUAAAGUCACUUGUAAGCGCGGCCUCUCAGUCCGUGUAA